GUCAAAUUUGUCUAUGUAGUGAUAUUGCGAUGAAGUGUUUAUAUUUGUUAUUGAAAAAAAAUUGGUUUUAAUAUGUUUUAUAGAUUUGAUCUCUGCUAAUUGACUAUUAUCGACAAAGGAUUCGUAAACCUAAAUGUAAUUCUGUUUUAUUAUAGCUCCGUACCCCAAGGUAACACUAGAUGUACCAUGUGAUUGUGCCUAAACAGUUAAUAGAGUAAUUAAGUACUUUUUUAAUAAAUAUGAUCUACAAGUGCUUGUUGGGAUUGAUCUUUGCUUCACUGUUGGAUAAAGGCGAUGCCGAAAUAUAUGCAAUUAAAUUCAAUUCUCAAUUUUAUCGAGAGGAAUUUGCAGAUAAGCCGGCUCUGUUUGGACCCAGUUUAAAGGAUCGAGCUCUGGCCGGCAUGCUGAUGGAGGCGAAUCCUCCGGGAGCCUGCAGGGUUAUCGCCUCGCCUCCUCCCAUAGACAACCCAGUGGGCAAAUGGAUAGUGCUGGUGAGACGGUUGAGCAAGGACCAGGACGACGGCAAUUGCUCGUUCGAGCAAAAGGUCCGCAUAUCGCAAGCGGCUCGUUUCGAUGCCGUGAUAGUUUACAAUGUCGAUUCCGACGAGCUCGUCCCCAUGGGCGCCAACAACAAAACCGGCAUUGAAAUACCGUCGGUUUUCAUCUCCGAAAAAUCCGGUAUAGAAUUACUGAACAAAUACGCGAACAACCCGGACUUUUUCGUCGUCAUCAACGGAGACGCUCCCUUCGAUAUACCCACUCACUUGCUAGUGCCAUUUGCUAUCGUUGUCGGUAUAUGUUUUAUAGUUAUGAUUGUUUUUAUGGUAUGGAAAUUUCUGAAAGACAGAAGGAGACAGAGACGAUACAGGCUACCGAAGGCAGUGCUAAACAAAAUUCCCAUUCACAAAUUCCAAAAGGGCGAUCCGUUCGAAACGUGCGCCAUUUGCAUCGAUGACUAUGUAGACGGCGAGAAGCUCAGAGUUCUUCCUUGCAAUCACGCCUAUCACGCCAAGUGCGUGGACCCGUGGUUGACGAAAAACAAGCGCGUUUGUCCGAUUUGCAAGCGAAGCAUUUGGGGAAUAAACGAGACGCGAUCGGACUCCGAUAGCGAAACCGAUACUGACGAUACGACGCCGUUGAUAAAUAAUAGAAGCAGCAGCGGCACUCAGGGCGGUACAUUUCAACAGCAGUUCGAAAAUCCAUUCCAGAGGGCUAUAAGGUCCGUAUCGCAAACUUCAGGCGCAGCUACGGCAAAUUUCGUGACUACCUCCGGACAUCACAGCAUCAACGGCGACUACCAAAGCGCCCGGAGCAGCUCAGGCUCAUACGACGACUGCUCCAACAGCGUCAUAUCCGAGGACGUGAUGAAUUCGACGAACAGCGGUAAUCCGUUCGAAGAGUCGACCAGCAGCGGCAGGGCUGGAGAUUUCAACGUAAAAGUCAACGUUGUCCAGGUCGAUACGGUUAGUACUAAUUCCAGCGUGGACGGUGGAGCUCAUGCGUAACCGAACAAUCGAGUAGCGUAAUUGUACAUUCAGUUUGUUGCUAUUGAUAAUGAUAUUUAAACGAGAUUACGAUGAGGUAUGUUUGCAGGCAAUAUCUCGAUUGGUGUUUGAUUUAUUUUGUUUUAAAAUUUGACGUUUCACUAAUGCAUCAGUAUAAUUGAUUGCCUGGCAAUCGUUUUGAAAAAGUUACAGCGAUACCUUCUUUUAUUUUGGAUACUUUCAUGAACUCCGUUUGUGUGUGAUUUCUAGUCGUGUACAUGAUAUUGGCAUGUCGAAGUAAGUGUAUAAGGAUUAAACAAAAACUGACUUCACUUUGUGUUUUAAUAAUUCGAUUAUAUUAACGCGUAAAAAAAUAACAAAUAAACCUAUAAAUUGACAAGAAGCACAAAUUCAAAUUCACUGUUAUUAGAAAUCUCGAUUCGUUCACUUGGCGAUUUUAAAUUGAAUUGUGUCGUACAAAUUGCCGGUCAAUUUUUGUGACCUUUGUUAUAUACUUGUCGUAUUAUUUUGGUGCUAAUGAUCUUGAAUUUCCCGUGUACGAGUUGUGUUUGGCAAGUUAUUGGACUGGUUAAAAAUAUAUUUAUUUUUUAUUUAGUUUAGUCGCUUCGGUGUACCGAUAAAUCGUUUAAUACACAACAAAUAUUGAUUAACAUUGAUUAUUAGUAGUAAAUUUGUUUGCAUUAAAUUAUGAGAUCGUGUACCUGGUGAUUAGCUAAGUUGGAGAAAUAAUUGUUUAUAGACUUUGACAAAGUAUUCAAGCAGAAUGCAUUAACGUGUAUUACAUUUACUAAUUCUUUUUUAGGCUUAUAAUAUCUAAUGAUGCACUAUUAUAACACAAAAAUUAUAUGGUUUUCUUAAAGCUGUACAUUUCUUUGCAAAAUGAUGAAUUAGUCCAAUACUUGUUAAAUCAAAUCGUACAUUGUAAGAUAUAUAUUUUUUAUUGUACGUAAUUCCAUAUAAAUUUUAUCGCUAAUAAGGUUAUGUUGAAAAGUAAGCUUCACGGACAUAACAGUAGUAAGUACAAAAACGUUACAAAAAGGUGAUUGAUUAAGUUAUGCUGGAGUAAGUUUUGUAUAAAUUAGUAAUAUUGUUUCGUUUUAUUAGUUGUAUAAAUAAAUAUAAAAUAUAAAAGGACUUAUUUGUAACAUAAGUGUAGAUUUGUGAUUAAAGUGUAAAAUAUUUUAAUAAAUA